CCGCACUGUACUCAUUUUUGAUUCACAUCCGUUGAAGACUUCAGAGAAUUUGUGAUAUGAGAGAUUAUGUACGUUUGAUAACUGUUGCUUAUCAAGCCCCAGCAGAGUACCUAUGUGCGGAUGGAAUAAGUGCAUACAUUACUCAUCCUUUGACAAUUCAACAAUUUGCCACUUCAGUAGAGAUACUAAGAAAUUCCUUGGAUUUCGCCUAUAAAGUGUCAAGAUUCCUUAUUUAUCGCGAAUAGCUCACAGUGCGAAAAAAACAGGUAGAGGUGCAUUUUUUCUUGGAGUAUCCUCAAGAUGCAGGACAUCAAGUGGAUCAAAUGGAGCUUUUGUGUUCAAUUGGCACGUACAACAUAGUACUGAACGCGGGAAAAAUAGUUUUUCACGUACAUGCACAAUUUUCAUCUGCUGAGGGCGGACGGAGUGGACAGAGAACGCGCAGAGAACAACAUACGACAAACAUAGCCUAGAAAUCGAAGUUCGCUGAACCGCUAUAACAUCUAUGUUCUUCUCGGACACAAGGGUGUCAAGUGAAAGAAAGGGAUACUGCUUGAUUGGGCGAUAUGUGCAGAUGUAUGUGCCAUGCGAGAAAACGUUGAAAAAAUCAGAAUAACCCAAGUUUCCAAAAAUUGUGGGAAUGGGCAAUUGUUUGUGCAAAGAUAGUCCAGAUGACCACCAACCUUACAGCAGUCAUAAUCAUGCAAAUUCAGAAAAUACAGUUUUGCCUGAUUCAAAUGUUGACCUCGUCUCCGCCGGGGAUGCUGCUUCACCAGGCUUUAAGUUUCCAACGUCCGCCAAUAUAGAUAAACUCGUUCUGGAGACUCUUGGAGUAAUAGGCUUGUUGGUCGACAAUGAGCAAGAGCCACCUCCAGCAAUGUUAAAGUUGCAUUCCAUUGCUGAUAAAGAAGAUGGAUGGAUUCAAGUUGUUAGUUCGAUGGUCAACGUCAUACCUAUGCACAACUCACUGGGUCCUUCCGUAAUGACAUUGUUACUCGACGACUGUCCAUUGCCCUCGAAAGAUUCGGUAAUGCGAUUGUCGCAGAUGUUUCAACUGUCUCAAAAGUCUGGUAAGGUGCAGAUUAGUGCAACACAGCAACGAAAUAUUUGCGUGGUUCUUGGUUGCAUAGCUGAAAAGUUAGCAGGGCCCAGCAGUAUAUCAAUUCUCUCAAGUGCCACUUUGGACUACCUGGUGUCGAAUCUUGUUAGUAAGGAUGAUAUCGAGCCGUAUGUCGUAUUGCACUCAUUGAUAGGACUAGAAAAGUUUGCACAAACAAGUGAAAAUAAAAUAACAAUUAAAAAACGACUCUUAGAAGAAAAGUCGAAUCCCUUGCUGGAACUGGAAAAAUGGGCAAACGAAACUCAUUACGUGAAACGCCAGGUUGGAUUCUGUGCUCAGUGGUGUUUAGAUAAUUUAUUUUUAAUGGAAGGCCGGAAGUAUUCCCAUGACACGGUUGAUAUGACUGGAAUAAACGUUAUGUUAAAUACGAAGGACGUGAGCGAGUACCUGAAAAUUUCGCCCAAUGGUUUAGAGGCACGUUGUGACGCCUAUUCGUUUGAGAGUGUGAGGUGCACCUUUCAAGUUGAUUCUGGAGUUUGGUACUAUGAAACUCUUAUAAUAACUACUGGAGUUAUGCAAAUAGGCUGGGCGACAAAGGAUAGCACUUUCCUCAACCAUGAGGGCUACGGAAUUGGUGACGAUCAGUAUUCUUUAGCUUAUGACGGAUGCAGAAGGCUCAUAUGGCAAAAUGCUAGAAGUGAGAAGUAUCAUGAUAAACCAUGGAAAGCUGGAGACGUCUUAGGUUGCCUCUUAGAUUUAAAUAAAUUAGAGAUGAUAUUCUCUAUCAAUGGCGUCCCCCUCAAACCUUGCACUCAAGUUUUUAAAACUGCCCGUUCCGGUUUUUUCGCUGCAGCGAGUUUUAUGUCAUUCCAACAGUGUCUCUUCAAUUUCGGCAACGUGCCCUUUAAGUAUCCACCUAUAGAUCGCGAAUACCAGACAUUCAACGAUUUCGCGACUUUAAAUCCCGAGGACAAAGUAGUACUUCCUAGGCACAUUUAUCUCGAACAAUUAAGAAAGCUGAGCGUCAGAGAAGACUCGUGUACCUUAUGUUUCGACCAGAAAGCCUCUGUCAGGUUGCUACCGUGCGAUCACCGAGGUUUCUGCGAAAUAUGCUCGAAACAGUUGAUCGAAUGUCCAAUGUGCAGAGCUACGAUUGAGGAAGUUGCUAUAGAUAACACCUGACACCAAUCAGUUAGGAUAGCAUUUCUUAAUUUGCGCUACUUUUCUUACGAUAUCCCUUUCAUCAAAGACAUCUAAAGUUAAUCAUUGAUCUAACAGAUAAUCGUAUUAGUUAUACAAAAAAUACCUCCUUAUUGUUUCAUGCAUUUCAUAUCUUUUGAAGAUUCAGUAUUUCAGCGAAUAGCAGUAAUUAAAAGGGAACAGUGAAACGAUGAAGAUCAAUGUAUAAUUAUAUAGAAAAAAAAUAACAAGGAACGGUUUAAAAACAAACGUGCCUAAAUUUGAUUUUGAGAUUGAAGUUUGACGAAUUGCUGAUACAUAUUCUGCUUUGAAUUUAUUAUAUAAAAUAUUAUUAUCAAGUACAAUAUAUUUUUUUUAAUUCAUAAUGUGUACAAAGAAUUAUUAGUUCUUUUAUAAUAAUUUUAAAAAAAUGUAUAUUUAAUAUUCCAUACAAAAUGCACCAGGAUCAUUUUAAAUUUUAAUUGCAACAUUUUCUUGUGGAUUAUUGAACACUUCAUUUCAAAGGGAAAUGAUAGAGCGGUAAUAAUAAUUAUUCAAUAAUGAAAUGGUUUCAGAUUAUCCUUAUGAACUGAUUUAUUUUGUAAUCAAAUUAAUAACUACGAGAGGUAAAGUUAACAUGAAAUGUUUUAAUAGAUAUCGCAACAUUCAUGUGUUCUUUCUCUAAUCUUACAGUAUGUUACUGUUCUUUAAGUAAACUGGAUUUACCUAGAGAUUCAACUUUCCUCUUUUCCAAUAUAAGAAAAUCUUGAAUCGCGAAUACAAGGCGAUUCCAGUAUGAAUUCAUUCUUGCUGCGGGUAUCUCGGAUCUUUCCAAUUUACCUAGUAGUUACGCCAACUCUAAACACCUGUAAAAUACUGAUGUCGUAGUGUACAAAUGAUAAGUGAAAAUAACACGAAUAUACGUAUAUUAUAUUCUUGAACGGAAUAUAAAAGGAAAUCUAAUGUUUUA